CCGACUUGGAGCCCGCAGUUCGUGACCUCAUCCGAGAGUACCACGACGUUUUCCCAUCGUCGUUCUCGUACGCCGGCAUCCCACCGAUGCGUGACGUCGAGCACUCCAUUCAGCUUGUGCCUGAUUAUCGUGUUCACCACCAAGCACCCUACAGACUCUCGAUCCCCAUGGCCACCAAACUCAAGCGUCAGCUUGAGGAGCUCUCGAGACUGGGUUUCAUUAAACCCAGCAACUCCCCGUGUGGUGCACCCGUCCUCUUUGCUCGCAAAGCGGACGGAACUCUCCGUCUCUGCAUCAACUAUCGCGGUCUCAACCGCUACACGAUUAAGAACAACUACUCCAUGCCUCGUUCCGAUGAGUUGUUCGGCCGCCUAGCAGGCAACCGCUUCUUUACGAAGAUUGAUCUUCGUAGCGGUUACCAUCAGAUCCGCGUCGCUGCAGACGAUCAGCUGAAGACCACGUUCCGAUCACGAUUCAGCCACUGCGAGUUCACGGUGAUGCCAUUCGGCCUCACUAAUGCUCCGGCUACCUUUCAGAGGUCGAUGAACGACAUCUUCAGGGACAUCCUGGAGCAGUACGUUCUCGUCUACCUCGACGAUAUCCUAGUCUACAGUCGUACCCUUGAGGAACACCUCAGACAUCUCCGCGACGUCCUUGACCGCUUGCGCAGACAUGGCUUCUACGCCAAGCUGAGCAAGUGUGAUUGUCCAAUAGCCUUCUACUCCCGUCAGCUCCUGCCCGCCGAGAUAAACUACACUGCUGAUGAACAUGAGGUUCUCGCAGUAGUUAAUGCCGCUCGGCACUGGCAUCACUACCUGCACGGGGCACCAUUCACAGUGCGCACGGACAACUCUGUUGUCCAGGCUUUUCUGACAAAGCCGAAGCUCACUCCUCGACAGGCUCGCUGGUGGCGUGACCUAUCCGAGUUUAGUUUCACCACUGAGCACAUCAAGAGUGAGACUAAUCGGGUUGCAGAUGCCCUAUCCCGACGCCCUGACCACGACCAAGAGCACAUCCAGCUCUCUUCCAUCUCGGUCACCACCGUCCACCACUCGGUGAUCGACGAGUUUCGCCCCGACUAUCGCGACAUCCACGCGACCCUUCGGAGUGGCAAGACCGUCCCGAACUACUCUCUCGGGGACAACGAUCUUGUGUACUGGCACGGUUCACCGGGCACCAGAGAGCCCCGUAUUUGCGUUCCCUCCACUGGACAGCUACGUGUCCGAGCAGAAGCAGAGUUCUAUGACCAGGCAGCUGCUGGUCAUAUGGGCUUCCACAAGACGUUGGCUCGUUUGAGCCGCCUGUACGUCUGGCCGAAGCGCAAGGACUUUGUGAAGGACUACGUCGCAAAGUGUCUCACCUGUCAGGAGGUGAACAGUGUGAACCACCUGCCUUAUGGUUUGCACCAGCCUCUUCCUAUCCCUGAGGGUCGUUGGCAGUUCAUCUUGAUGGACUUUAUCGGUCCUCAUCGUCCUCCGACCCCUCGCGGUCAUGAUGCUAUCCUGGUCGUCGUCGACCGCUUCACGAAGCGUGCACACUUUGUUCCGUGCCGCUAUGCCAUCAGUGCACGUGAGGUCGUCGACAUCGUGUUUAACCGAGUCGUGCGUGACCACGGCUUACAUCUGAGCAUCAUAUCUGACCGUGACCCGCGCUUUACGAGCCGAUUCUGGCGACGGCUCCACGAGGUAUACGGCAUUCAGCUCCGCUUUUCCUCGUCUUACCAUCCUCAAACUGAUGGUCAGACCGAGAUCACGAACAGGACUCUCGGAGAUAUUCUUCGAAAGAUUGUUCGUGACGACCAGCAGUGGGAUCUUCAUCUUGCCCACAAGGAGAUAGCCAACAACCACGCCGUCUCGCCAGCCACAAGGAUGUCGCCUUACUAUUGCGACCUCGACUAUCACCCUCGUGUUCCCGCGGACUUCCUUCGACCGUCCCAGUUGCACCCCGACACGAGUUGUCUCGCGCUGGACGAUUGAGUUGCACACAUGACGUCGAUCAUGAAGACCGCCCAUGAGCACAUAGCCGC